AUGAGUGCUACUGUGACACCGCUGCCAUCACCCUUGGAGAAGCACCCCAGAGGUGUUGAUGCCUCCUGGUGUGCUCACGUGACCACGCAACGCCCCUGGCGGAGCAGUGGACAUCCUGUUCUGCCUGAUUGUGUUGUGGCUGCAAUGGACGAGCCACUAAUGCAUGGGCAUAGCAGCAAGUUGCAUUGGUGCCCCUGUUGCAUUGGCUGGCCUUGCACCCAGUGGGCCCAGCGGAAGCCUGGCUUGCGACUGGUUUAG